AUGAGACUUGCAUCGUGGCGGCCUCACGUCAACUUUGUGACUCUACGCUAUGUGUAUAUUGUCAUCAUGGGGGUUUUGUCACUGGUUAUCCUAUAUCCGGCUGGCAAUAUGAAAGCAGUAGAUGCCUACUUUUUCGGUGCCAGCGCGUCUACCGAAUCUGGCCUGAAUACUAUUGAUGUCAGGGAUUUGUACAUGUAUCAACAGCUGUAUAUAUAUUUCAUCCCUAUUUUCACCAACCUAGGCUUCAUCAAUGCCGUCGUCGUGCUAGUUCGGUUUCUCUGGUUCCGCAAGCAUCUCGGUAGAGUUGCGCCGCGACUACUAAAUGUGCCACGACAGCGGUCGCUGCCUGGUUUUAAGGACGCUGAUGCAGAGGCCAAUUACCACGACAAUACAGUGGAUGAGGGUGGCAGACAGUAUGGAGAAGCAGACGACAACAAUGUGCCUGCUGCCGUAGUCUCUCAGAAAUUGCGAACCAUCACCUUUGACCCGUCGGCAGACACACAUCCCAAGAACAAUGAGACGCUAUAUAUUCCUGGACCACGCGACCGUGACCGAGGCUAUCCAAUUGUUGAGUUGGAUAAAAGUAAGAGGGAUAGCCGAGAUGAUUUGUCCAUCUCUGAGGCUCCGCAGCUAGGCACUUCUAGUAGUGGUGGUCUCCGUCGUCGACGUAUUGACGGACCUCUCCUCAGCCAGACUAGGACAAUAGACCGUGUUACCAGCAUCGCCUCAUCCAUCUUCGUCAUUGGCUCCAACCCCCCCAGGCGCCGCAAUUCAACCAUAUCGAGCAUCUCCCAGCAGUGCCGGGUACAGACAAAGGACAUGCUCGCCCUAUCGCAUCAUGCUACGCUGGGUCGCAACUCGGAGUUUUACAACUUGACAAAGGAGGACCGUGAGAAACUAGGCGGUAUUGAGUAUCGGAGCUUGAAAUUAUUGCUUAAGAUUGUCUUCUCUUACUUCUUUGGCCUUCAUCUCUUCGGUGCGGUUUGUCUAGUUGUUUGGAUCCAGUACGCUGAUCCAAAGUACAAAUAUGUGCUCAAAGAGUCUGGUCAGGAUAUGAACUGGUGGGCAUUCUAUUCGGCGCAAACCAUGGUGGAUAACUUGGGCUUCACAUUGACACCCGACUCGAUGAUCUCGUUCCGCGAUGCGCAAUGGCCUAUGUUCAUCAUGAGCUUCCUCGCAUUUGCCGGCAAUACCCUCUAUCCCGUCUUCUUGCGCCUUACUAUCUGGACGAUAUCCAAGCUGGCGCCAAAGAAGUCAUCAAUCCAGGAGCCGCUGUCCUUUCUGCUCAAUCACCCUCGCAGGUGUUACACACUGCUGUUCCCCAGUCGCCCAACUUGGAUUCUCUUUGGCAUCAUCUUCAUCCUCAACUUUGUUGAUACCCUGCUCAUUAUUAUCCUGGACUUGGGCAACCAGGAGGUGGCUUCCCUGCCACUCGGCACGCGUAUCCUCGCAGCCAUCUUCCAGGCCGCUUCGUCGCGCCAUACUGGCACGUCGACCUUUAACCUUGCCAACGUCAACCCAGCCGUGCAGUUCAGCCUGCUGAUUAUGAUGUACAUUGCCAUCUUUCCGAUUGCAAUCUGCGUUCGUGCAUCAAAUACGUAUGAGGAGAAAUCGCUUGGCAUGUAUGAACAAGAGGGGAAGCUGAACGAAAGCAAUGGCAAGGAUUAUCUUCUUACGCACGUGCGAAAUCAAUUCAGUUUUGAUCUAUGGUUUAUAUUCCUCGGCGUAUUUUGCAUCUGCAUUGCUGAGUCUGCGAGAAUUGUCGACAAUUCCAUCCCGUCAUUCACCAUUUGGACAGUUUUCUUUGAAGUAACAUCUGCUUAUGGUAACGUCGGUCUCAGUUUGGGUUACCCAACCGUCGCGACAUCGCUCAGCGGCAUGUUCGGCACGUUCAGUAAGCUCGUCAUCUGCGCCGUGAUGAUCCGCGGACGUCAUCGCGGUUUGCCAUACGCGCUAGACAGGGCAAUCAUGCUUCCCGACGAACACGCCCGGCCCGAAGAGGCUGAGGGCUACGACAACGGAGAAUGA